AUGUGCAAACUGCCUGGCCUGGAGCUGGGCACAGAGGGCAACUCCUGUCCUGGUGAACACACGGCCCCAAAGUCAGCGGUGCUGGGGCCUCUGCAGAGUCACGAUGAAGGCCGAGGCUCUGGAUGGGCUGCCAAGAGGACCCCACGGGGCUGGAAUCGAAGAACUCGAGAGAGCCCUGGGCAGGGGCUGGAGCCAGACAAGACCCAGCUGAGCCAGGACCUGGGCGGGAGCACCCUGGCCAUCGACACGCUGUCAGACAACAGGACCAGGGUGGUGGAGGACAACCACAGCUACUAUGUGUCCCGAAUCUAUGGCCCCAGCGAGCCCCGCAGCCGGGAACUGUGGGUGGAUGUGGCCGAGGCAAACCGGAGUCAAGUGAAGGUCCACCGAAUCCUUUCCAACACCCAUCGGCAGGCUGCGAGAGUGGUCUUGUCCUUUGAUUUCCCGUUCUACGGGCAUCCUCUGCGGCAGAUCACCAUAGCAACCGGAGGCUUCAUCUUCAUGGGGGACGUGAUCCACCGGAUGCUCACAGCUACUCAGUAUGUGGCCCCACUGAUGGCCAACUUCAACCCCGGCUACUCCGACAAUUCCACAGUCGCUUACUUUGACAACGGGACGGUUUUUGUUGUCCAGUGGGACCACGUCUACCUCCAAGGCCGGGAAGACAGGGGCAGUUUCACCUUCCAGGUGGCUCUGCACCGGGACGGCCGCAUCGUCUUCGGCUACAAAGAGAUCCCUAUGCCAGUCCCGGAAAUCAGCUCCUCCCAGCACCCUGUCAAAGCCGGCCUGUCAGAAGCCUUCAUGAUUCUCAAUUCAUCCCCGGAUGCGCCUGAAAGUCGGCGAAGGACCAUCUUCGAAUACCACCGUGUGGAGCUGGACCCGAGCAAGAUCAUCAGCAAGUCAGCCGUGGAGUUCACCCCAUUGCCAACCUGCCUGCAGCAUCAGAGCUGCGACGCCUGUGUGUCCUCGGACCUGACCUUCAACUGCAGCUGGUGCCAUGUCCUCCAGAGAUGUUCCAGUGGCUUUGACCGCUACCGCCAGGAAUGGCUGGCCUACGGCUGUGCUCAGGAGGCAGAAGGCAGGACGUGUGAGGACUUCCAGGACGAGGAUCACUUCUCAGCCUCCCCUGACAGCUCGUUGGGUCCCUUUGACAGAGACCUCACCACCACUUCCUCCUCCCUCUUUGCAGACAGCCUCACCACUGAAGAUGACACCAAGUUGAACCCCUACGCAGGAGGAGAGGGCCUUCAGAGCAACCUGUCCCCCAAGACCCCGGGCUCCCCUGUGCACCUGGGCACCAUUGUGGGCAUCGUGCUGGCGGCCCUCCUUGUGGCAGCUGUCCUCCUGGCUGGAAUUUACAUCAGCGGUCACCCCACCUCCAACGCUGCACUCUUCUUCAUCGAGCGGAGACCUCACCACUGGCCAGCCAUGAAGUUCCGCAACCACCCCAGCCACUCCACCUACACGGAGGUGGAGCCCUCGGGCCAUGAGAAGGAGGGCUUUGUGGAGGCCGAGCAGUGCUGAGAGUGACAGAGGUCCCCUCUGAAGGACAGGAAAGAAGACCCGGGCCUCCAAACAGAUGCAUCAAAGCAAAAUGGAGAAGCGAUUAUCCCUGGCCUCCUCCGAGCAUGCCCAGGCCAGGAAGAGGAGACGGUGGUUUUUGGUGCUAACACCAAAAACAGUGUAGUCAUCACACCCCACGUCCCCAAGAUGGGCAGAAAGGCAACCACGUGGGUCUUUUCAGGGAACAAUAACCUCAUGUGAACCCGUUUUGGUGUACAGGGUUCCCCCUUCCUGGUCUCUCUGUGGUCUAGCGUAUGGCUGUUCCAAAGCCCUCUCAGAUCUGAGGAUGGCCAAUGCCCUGCUCCUGGUCACCUGCGGCCCAGGCCUACGACACGAGCUGAUGAAGAUCUAGAUGGGGGCCCCUGCAACCCAGAGCCCGUGGACUGAAGAACUGGGUCUCAGGGCUGUAGAGUUGACAUAUUCAGCCCAGCUUCUGAGGCUUUGAAAGUUGGAAGGAGUUAGCCCAUUAAACACAGGUGCGGCUGCUCUCAGCCCUUAGGGCGUAUUGUCGUGGAGGAAAGCCAAAUGACAGGAGGGAAGAAACUCCUGGAGAAAUUGCAUUUUUAGGCUUGCCCUCUUGCCCUUCCUGCAGCUGUUCCUUCUGCAUUAAAAUGUGUGCAGCCUGCAUCGCAGGCUUCAACCCAACCUGCAGUCCAGCCUCCACGUGGCUGUAUACUGUCUGGGGCUCCCUACUCCGACGGCAUGUUUGGUGCCUGUUUGUCACGGGUCUCUUCUGCCGUCAGUGUCAGUAGGAACCUCCAAAGGUAGGGCUUGCCUGAUUAAUAGUUUUCCUCCUCUGAACUGGAUUUAUAGAGCCAUUAAAGACAAAUGAGGGGGAGCUCCUUGAGACAUACCCAGCAGGGAACUUCAGUUAGAAGCAAAGCCGAAAUGUGGGGCCAGAGGAAGCUGGCCUGAGAGCAGGAACUUUCUGCCCAAGACCUUGACCUGGAAAGUUGCCUCCUUGCCUCCAUCUCUGCUAGAAGUCUUUGGGGUGGGACCAGCAGUUGGCGUAAUGGCUAUGUCGCUGGACUCCCACGUAGACGA